UAAACGUGGUGUGGACCGUGCCCCGGCCCCGCCCCCACUGAGGAUCGACUGAGCGAGAAUUCUUUGCAGCUUUUGUCGUCUGAACGGGCAGCUUGUGCAUCACAGUUUGAAGCACCGAAGAAAACAUCAAUGGAUGAGACAAUAUGAGACUUGUUGAAUACGAACCUCUACUGUACCUACUCUUCUCGGGAAGAGUGUGUGAGACCUGACCACCCGCCCACCACCCACUGUCGAUGAUGGGGUUGCAGCGAUGAGGGCAGGUGAUGCCGAAGCAAAUUGCAUUCACAAUUUCACAUCCUCCAUCAUUGAUAACGUGGAAGAACAGCAGAAAUAUUCCAUUAAGGUCUUCCUCUCCGGGUUGCCAUCCUGUUUGGGCAAGAGGAUCUCAUCCCCCGCUCCAAACCUCGACAGGUACAGGGUUCGGCUCCUAAUCAAAGUUUCAGGAACACCUGGGGCCCCAUCGGCCAGUGAAUGGAUGGCUGUCAACGGUUUCUGCCAACAUCAACCACGUCACCUCACCUUGACCCUCAGCCGCAACUUGCAACAAAAAAGAUGGAAAGGCUCACCGCUCACCCGUUGUGCCCGUACCAAUAUCCCGACUCCGACGGCCCGUCUUGGACUGAGAAUUCUAGCACACAAUCAAUCGUGGCAUCUGUCAUGGUCCUGCUGUACCACACCGGCUUCUCCAUCACACCGUCGGCUGCCAGCUCAGGAACGACAGGAACCACAACAUGAAGGACCCGACUCAGUGACGGGCUUGAAAACUGCAAGCACUUUAACUCCAUUCCGGUCGUUUUUCCCUCCAUGUCGCUGCGGGGCAGACCCCCUCCUCCAAAAAGAGAAGCCAGGGGGGGAGUGGCCUGUCAAGAGUCAACACCCAUGUGCAAGCCAUGCCCAGCUUGGAAGUACCAACGUACCGCAACACAAUUGUCGAGAGUCACAAGCCAACGAAAGCCAACCAUUCUCGAGCUUCAGGUUAUUUCUGCACUCUCAGACGACCACCUCAAACUUCGACUGGCAUGUUGGUACCGCAGACAGCCAAAUCUCCGACUGGAAUCUUUCUUUUUCUGUUUCUGUUUCUGCCAGGUACAAAGCAGACGGUACCUAAGGUAGCUCUUAAGCAAGUGCAUGGAGCUAAGGCAGUCCUGUCCAGUGCCAACCCCCAGCCGACCAAAGCCCAGUCGAAUGCAAGUCUUUUCUGCGUCUGCUGCACAUCCUUUCCAGUUCUCUCGCUAGAUUUCAAGUCUCCACAAACCCAACCUCUGGGCUGCAUUUUGUCCACCACCUCUGUCCACCACACCCCGCCCGGCCUGUUUUUGUGCGAGGGGGGGACCGGGGGGAGGACCACUGCGGUUGUGUCGGCUGUGAAGGUGGGCUCGAGCACACGGCUCCGAAUAUAUCUGCCGGCCCCCCCCCAAAGUCAACCGUCGUUGGCUCUCCUCCAAGCUGGCUCGGCUGGCCACACCUACCUUACCGUGGUGACCCCCAUCUUCCCCAUCCAUCUCGAGAAGCCGUCGAGGUUUGGAAUUGGGCUUUGAUUCUUCUUGUCUUUCGUUCCCCUUUUCACCCCAGAGCCUUCCAGGCCCUCGUGCCGUCGAACUGAUGCUCUCUCACCACAUGGAGUCGUUUUGUCUCCAAUGGUCUUAACUUUGCUCUUUCAAGUUUGUCCUCCCCAAUGCUACAUGUCAUGCUCUGCACUUCCCCUCCUUUGCAACGCUUGAGAGGCCGAUCAUGUCUACAUGGCGAACCAAUGCUCAACCCGUGACGUGGGACCGAGACGUAUCUGCUGUUGAACCUCGACAGCAGCCGUGGAGGGGACCGCCUUGGUUGCCGCACCAGAGCCGAACGUAUCCCAUCACAACCAUACUGACAAUUCCGGCUCCAGUCCCAUCUACCUCCACAGGACCAGACAAAGCACCAAUAACGACUGGUGCAGUACCUUCAGAGACACUCUUGACUUUUGCAUCGAUUUCGACCACUUCGCCUUUCUCUUCCUCCCUCGCCUCCUCAUACCCGGCAGACGUGGCAGAUAUUAUGUCCACAGAUAUUCCGGCUUUAGCAGUCCCAACCACCGCCGAUGCAGUAACCAACGAGACUUCUCCCGGUGGUGAGGACGGAGUUGCCGGCAACAAGAACCUUGUUAUCAUAUUGAGCACGGUGCUCUCGGCGGUGGCUGUGAUUUUGAUUGCGGGAGGGCUGUAUUUGUGUUGGAGAUAUCGGCAACGACGACGACUGUUCUUUUCAAGAGGCAUUACACCUAUCGAUGACGAUGAAAUUGCGACUUGGAAAGUGCCGAGGGACGAGAAGAAUGGCUACCCAGCAGGAGACACCGAUGUUGAAGGUGAUGCUGCCUUCAACAAGGAAACAGGAGGACCAUCUCACGGAAGACAGGUUUCGACGACCUCGAUCAAGAAGCCACCCAGUGUCAUCGUGUACAACAACGUCCAGGGCUAUCGUCAAUCAAUCGACGAGCCUACACCACGGCGCUCUUUUACUCAGCACCCGGUUUACGGCAAGAUGAGCUUGGAUAAGGGCCUUCCCCAAACACCAAUUCAGGCCAGGGCACCCAACGCCAGGGCAGGCCUCACAGACGAAUCCGUUCCAGGCGACGACCCAUUUAUCCCGAGCCCGAAACGGCAGACAUCUCGCUUAUCCAAGAUUCCACCCAGCUCGGCAUCUCACCGUCGGCAUCACGGGAGGACAAGGAGUUCUCGGAGCAGUACCCGCAGUUUCGGAGAUUAUCGGUACGGGGGGUCAGAUGUCGAACUAUCUCCACGCCACUCGCAUGAUCAGUUUCGCUCCCGCCACCAUCACUACAACCGCAAUCACUCACGAGUUUAUUCAUCAUCGUCUAUUCCACCCAGGCUCUCCCUGAGCGACGAGGCUCACUAUAACGGAGGCUCUCCCGGCCGGCCGCUGUUCAAGGAGGACGAGAUUGGCCGAGCAAUUGGAUAA